AUACAAAAUAAUUUCCUUUCAACCUGACUGGGAGCAGUACUUGCAUGACUAUGUUUGUGGCCUUACAGUAAAACAAAAGAUGGAGAAUGACUCUAAAAUCUCAGAAUAUGCUAGUCCAGACAUUAAAAGGUGUUGGUAACGUUUUAGCUGGGAAAGGGAAGAAGGAUAAAGGGAGCACACUAUGCUUGAAGCAGGUUGUGACCAGUCAAAACGAUGAGGAGGCGAAAACUGAGAAGGCUGGCAAAAGAAUACCGGCACAAAUAGCCUUUGAAAAGAUGCAAGCAAAGAGGGUAAGUUGUCAGCGGGGGAAAACCAGCAGGUGGAUCAUGAAACAAAGCUUCAAAGACACAAAGACCACGUUGAGGGUUUCAACUGUCGCCUGGACACCCUGACAGAGAGCACUAUGAUAUUCCCAAGGUCAGCUGGACCAAAUAGAAGAGGAGGAAAUGUUCACCUUUUACAACUUGUACUCAAAACUUGUACAUAACAUAUUUUUUCAUUUAUAAAUGUGCUUUUUUUUGUAUACAUUAUCAUAUCAAUACAUAUUUAAACCUUGA